CAAAUAUGCAUGUGUAAAUGUAAAUAAUAUUUUAAAGUUUACCUAAAAUGAUGAAAUGGAGAAUUGCUUGAUUAUUUUGUUCAAGGGAUUAUUCUUUCUGCAAGUUUUGCAGUCACUAGCCGCAUCAGGUCACGUGAAUAUUCAGGUCCUGGUUCUUCAAUACGACAACCCUUUAGGGACAUCAUUCCAUGGUUCAGACUUUACCUCACAAAGAAAAUGUUGUGAUAAAGACCAGGUUACAGCAUGCAGUACGACAGACAUGUGCGACUCAUACUUUGUCAUCUGUAUUGGUGGAAUCGCAACCAGCGGUCAUAAUAGUCAUUGUAGCGGCCCGAAAGUUACAACAAAAGUCUUCAGGAAUGCUAACUUGUUUGGAGCAUCGCACGACAAUAUUUUGAUUCAGUCAUUUAAAUGGGAUAACUGGCAUUCGGGAGGCAUUGAAUAUUUGGCUAAUGUAAUGGAUCAAGACAGUGGUAAUGACGAACUUAUUGAAAACUUAACGUCGACCAGAGCACUAACCGUUGGUUCCAGCUAUGAAAAUUCUACCGAACAUGUGAUAUCAUUUACAAAUUUUGUGAGUUUAGAUCUCGGUGUAAGGAUAUGGUGUCAAGAUGGAUACUUUGGCUCUAACUGUAGUAAUAAAUGUACAAGUAACCCUUACAGUGUUUGUAUAAACAAUCAAGCAACGCUUUUACCAUCGUGCAAUGACGCAGACGUUUCCAGAUUUGAAUUUACCGGAAUUCUGAAUUACAAAGCUACAAACCUCCAACUUCUACUAAUAAAGUUUGUUCUACAAGAAAUCUGCCCUAAAGCACAGAAUGCACAUGUGCAGGUCGUGCAUUUUAGUCUAUCUGGAGUUGUCGAGUUCAAAGCUAUGUGUGAUAAUGCUACUAUCAGCAGUUUAACGUUCAGUACGCAUCUGUACAUUUUAAGUUUGACAAAUAAACCUGCAUUGUCACAUUAUUUCCCGGGCAUUCCUUUGAAAACAUCAUCGGUUACACAGAAAAAUAUUAGAGGGGCACACACUUUUAUGAUGUUGAGGGCGCUAAGUUAUCAUGACUCGAGUUCAGCAUGUAAAAGUCAAAGCUGCAAGAUACAGAUAACUGUCUGUAUACAUCCGCAAAACAGGUGA